CGAACAUGUUCAAUGAAAUUGUGGAAUGGAUUUUCCCCAAAACGUUGACGACAGAGAAAUUCCGCCAGGUAGUUAUUCAGCAUAGCACGGUAUGUUCAGUCAACGGUUGCUGCGGGCGGCCAGAGGAAUAUCUGGAGCGAAUGGUGGACAGCGUUCUAGAGGCACUGUGUGAAACAAAUCCUACUAAGCUGUGUACACUACUGCAGAUGGAGCGUGAUGAAGCUAUGCUGAGUCGUGUGCUCAGUAGCCAUAAGGUGCAAUGGUUUAUGCAACAGGUAUGUGGCCGGGAUAUGAGAUGUGGAAAGAGCCAGCCGAUGCGUGGGGCCAAGAGUGUGCCUGAACUAUUGAGGUUGGAGCGAGCACAACAGCUGACCGCUGAGCGGCAGCUGUCACCUGAAGACAUGCUCAAGGUGAGCCAGAAACUGCGUAAUGCUGGUUUCCGGAUUGAUCUGCUUGAGGACAUCGAGAACAUCAUUGACGUUCUGUGGCAUGCAGAGCUUGCCAACAGAAAAUCAGAGAGUGACCUGACAUCAGAUGUGGAGUCAAGAAAGUGGACGCCAUCUGUGACAUCUUACUCGACCAGUGAUAGUCUGUCAACACAGCUCCCUCCAGAAUGUGCAAAGCUGGCAACAGCCAAGAAGAUCUCAUGCAAUCUUGAGCAAAAGGCAAGACAGCAGCGUGUAUGGCAACAGCAGGAGCAGCAUGAGCAGCAGCAGACACCAUCUCUGCUGAGCAGGCUGAGUGCAGUCAUGUCCACACACAGUGAUGAUCUGCACCAAAAGGUAAAAGCAGAUGUUUCACAUGCAGAGGCCAUCAGCAGUGGAGAGACAACUGGUACAUUCCUGCAGCGUGCAGGCAGUGCAACACACCAAGGUGCACCGAUAACAUAUUCUUAUUAAAAAAAGGAAUAAAUGUGUUUUUCUUCAUCUUUUGUUACUGAAAUGAGAUAAAUUCUCUAAUGGACAACAAAUAAAUGAUAGCAUAUGGAAAAGACAAA